AUGCACGAUCUCAACAGCAAGUCUGCCGCUGGUCCCGACCGCGUUACAAAAAGAGAGCUGAAACAUCUUAACGAAGCGGCCAUCGAGAACCUCAAGGCAUACUUCAACAAUUGCUGGCGAGCCGGGUCACUACCCAGGCAGUGGAAAGCAGCCAUGACCAUUUUGAUUGCCAAGCUGGGCAAGCCACCCAACAUUGUGAACCUCCGGCCGAUAUCGUUUAGGUCAUGUGUGGGCAAAGCGUCGGAGCAUGUACGCAUGAACAGGUGGCAGAGGUACUCGGAAAAUUCGGGGCCUCACCCAAACACCGCCAUCGGGUUCCGAAACAAGCUCGGAACUUAG